CACCCGCCUCUGGCCUCGCCGCAUCAUCCCGUUCGAGAACCUGCGAGAUAUAGCAACCAUGUUCCGCCUUGGCUCUGUCGCCCGCCGCUUCUCGGCUCUCACUCCUGCUGCCCGCGCCGGCUCGGUCCGACACAACAGCAACUCGGUCUUUGCCAGCGAUAACUUGAAAAAGUUCGUGCCCAAGGUCGAGUUCACCGAUUCCACAACCCUGGGCCAAAUCUGGGACGCCUGCUACGUCAAGUACAGAUACCGUCUCAUCUACCCCGUUAUCGGAUGGAUUGGUGUCCUUUACUACUUCCUCUGGAUUCCCUACAUCCCCGAGUCGGAGAAGGUCGCUGCUGCUGAGAAGGCUGAGAAGCUCAAGGCCCUUGAGUUCAGACAGAACUAAUUUGCCCGUAAUUUUCAUCGGCAUACACUCGCAAAUGCCGAUAAUGGCCUGUUCAAGAAGCACCGGGCGCUUGCCGAUAUUUCCUGGUGAUCUCUGUCAUCAUUGAGUGGGAAUAGAGACGCCAUCGACCAUGCCUCUACGCCUUCGCUGUCGAUCACCUAUUCCAUGAGACUGAGACCUCGAUUGACUGUGUGGCUUGGGAAGCAUGCUGCCAUACUUGGCAAUGGAGUAAGCAUCAAGCCUUUCUGCAUAAACGCAGCCAUUCCAGACCAAA